AUGUGGCUCUUUGGAUACGGCAGCUUGAUUUGGCGUCCUGACAUGGAAUACGAGGAUAGCAAAGUAGGAUAUAUCAAGGGCCAUGUGCGCAGGUUCUGGCAGCGAAGCACAGACCAUCGAGGAACAGAGGAGGCGCCGGGUCGAGUCGUCACUCUGAUCCCUUUCAACGAGUUCUCUGAACGGUUCACACUACACGACCAACACUCGACCAACCAGGACGAUAUCACCUGGGGCAUUGCCUACAAGAUCCCAGAGUCCAAGGUCGAAGAGACGAAGGCGUACCUGGACCACCGAGAAAAGAACGGGUACGAAACCCAUUUUUUGGACAUCUAUCAGCCCGGCAGCGAUACUCCAGUGGUUGAGAAGGCGAUUGUGUACAUUGGGUCUACGGAUAACUCGGAAUUUGCUGGGCCUGCCCCGUUAGAUCUCAUUGCCCAACAGAUUUAUUCUUCUCGAGGCCCCAGUGGACCUAAUCUGGACUACUUGCUGAAUCUGGCGCACGCAUUGAGAAUCGUCGCCCCCUCAGGAAACGACCAGCACCUGUUCGAGCUUGAAGCAAGAGUCAAGGAACUGAUGCUGAGGGACGCUGGCUCGAAGGAAGCCUUUGAUCUGAUGCUGUCCAGGAUCAUUGUGCAGGCCCGUCCGCCCUCCAUAGCUUCGCCUGUGUAG